CAACAUAUUCAAGAUGGCCGACACUGAGAAAAAGUCAGCUACUGCAGGGGCGACACCUGAUAAAAAUGUUAGUCCACAGAAACGUAAGGCUGAAGUACCAGACAGCACAGACUCUUCCAAUAAUAAAGUGAGCAAAGUGGAACCCGAAGCACUAGGAAGCGGAAAGAUCUCAAUGUCACUUGGAAAGAAACCAGGGAUAAGUAUGAAUAUUGGAGGGACCAAAAAGUUAGGUUUGGCUCCAAUUAAGAUGGCAUUGUCUUCACAGCAAGCAAAAGAGACUAUUCCUGUAGCAGCAAAAACAAAGAAGGUAGCUGCAGUGUUCAAUGAGGAAAGUGAGAGUGAUGAGGAAGAAAUGCCAAUGGAGGCUAAGAUGAGAAUGAGAAAUGUUGGGAGAGAAACGAAAACAGCUGCUGGACCAAAUUCUUUUGGAAAAGGAAAUUUAGGCUUUUGUGACAGAACUAAAAUGAUAGAAAGAGAAUUAAAAAAACAAAUGGAAGAACUUGGUGAACAAGAAGAUACGAAAUAAACCAAUAUCAGAAUUACUUUGAAUUACAACAGAUUCAUGAUAUGAUAGAAUUUGUGAGGAUUUUAUUUUCACAACCAGUUGACAAUGGACUCAGAUGUUGUUAAGGUGUUAAACUGGCCGCAGAUGGCUACUUCUUAUAAAUGUGGAUUAGGCUAUUCGCUGUCAAAGAUUAAAAUAACAGUGGUGCAAAUCUUGUUCAAUUUAGUGUGUAAAUGGUCCUUAAUGUCAUACUGUCACAAUAUCAAGGUGGUCAGGUUUGAGUGUACUUAUUUGAUGUUAAAGUUUGGAGUAAAAUAUUUUUGGAGUACAUGUACAACAUAUUUAGGUGUAUAAAUUAGGAGAUCUUAGUGGAAAGUUUAUCAUGAUUGACUUUUAUGUUACAGAUUGAAACUGUUACAGUUGUUUGUCAGAAAUUUAGAUGAAAGGCAAAAGGAAUAUAAUGAAAUUUUGUGACUUACAGAAAUUAAAGAGCAUAUUUCAUAGUUUUAUUGUAAAAUGAUUAAGGCAGUUUAAACACUUAAUUAAGGUACUUUAACCUGGAUCGCCUACAUGUGUUCAGAGUAUGAACAUUUAGGGAAUUGAAAGCGUGUUGGUGUGUGCUUGAUAGCACCACUGUACAAAUGUGUAGAAUAUAAACACAGCUACAUUUAUAAAUGGUCCUCAUAGGUACUUACAAGGAAUCCAAGAAAACAGGACGUUGUCUGCUGUCAGCCAUUGCAUAACUGAAGUUGUUGAAAAACAGUAUUAGACUUGUUGAUUCAAAUUCUGAGUCUGAAGUUGUGACGAUUUGGUUGAAAACAGAAGAAGAAGUAUUCACUGUGGGGAUGUUAACAUUAAGUUCUUCCAUCCUAGCAUUGUAAUAAAAUGCAGACUGACUAGACAUUUUAUUUGACACUUUUAAAGAAAGCUUAAGGUUGAUUAGGUGAAAGAAAAAUUAGAAUCCUGAGAUUUCUUAUUUUUCCUAUUUCAUUGACAUGCAUGUAUAUAGGCUGUCCUUUUAAAUUGUAGACAUUGAGAAUAACUGGGAAACUGAUUGACAUCAGGAGAACUUCAUUAUGUCUGGAAAAUUGUUUUUGCCCUGUCCGUCUGUCACACUUCAUUUCCAAUCAAUAACUGGAGAACCAUUUUACCUAGAACCUUUAAACUUCAUAUCUUGGCAGGGCUUAUGUUUUAGGGGUCACUCCAUCAAAGGUCAAUUCAUAGGGGCCUGAACAUGGAAAACCAUUUCUGAUCAAUAACUUGAGAACCACUUGAUCCAGAAUGUUGAAACUUCAUAGGAUGAUUGGACAUGCAGAGUAGAUAACCCUUAUUGAUGUUGGGGUGACUCUUAAAGGUCGAGGUCACAGGGGCCUGAACAUGGAAAACCAUUUCCGAUUAAUAACAUGAGAUCCACUUGACUCAGAAUGUUGAAACUUCAUAGGAUGAUAGGACUUACAGAGUAGAUGACCUUUAUGAUUUUUGGGAUCACUUAAGCCAAGGUCAAGGUCACAGGGGCCUGAACAUGGAAAACAUUUUCCAAUCAAUAACGUGAGAACCACUUGACCCAGAAUGUUGAAACUUCAUAGGAUGAUUGGACAUGCAGAGUAGAUGACCCGUAUUGAUUUUGGGGUUACUCGAUCAAAGGUCAAGGUUACAGGAGCCUGAAUAUGGAAAACCGUUUCCAACUCAUAACUUGAGAACUACUAGGCCUAGAUUGUUGAAAUUUAGUGGGAUAAUUAGACAUGCCAAGUACAUGAUCCCUAUUGCAGCCAACCAUCAGUGUCUCUUUGACUCGCUCCUGUCCCCUAUUGACUUCUUGCCUAUUACGACUAAGCAUUGGGGGAGACAUGUGCUUUUCUACAAAAGCAUCUUCUAGUUUAAUACAGCUUCUAGAAAUACACUGAGAAAAUUACAAUAAAAUGUGUUUCAGAAGUAUUAUUCCUCAUCAAGUUAAAAUAGAGCACAUUCUGGCGACUGGUGCAUACCACAUCUCAAUUUAUGCUAUUUCUCAAAAUACACCCCUGCAUGCCCAAUACACAUUCAGUAACCAAACAACCCAUUCGGCAGAUAACCAUGACAUUGAUAAAUCAUUGGUAGGCAGAUACUGAACAACUGAUUUGCUGCAUCCUGUAAUUUCAGCUGCUUCUCAUAUUUGCCGCCUUUUGUGAUUCUUGUGUCUUCGCCAUAAUUACCAUUAUCACAGCUUUUUGGUAGUCCUCAAGGUGCAAUCACUGAAUGUCCAGCGGAAAAUCUGUGUUGUCACUAAUAAACUUGUGCACACAAAACAUUCCUGUACCUAUGUUUUUUACAACUUUUUUUAGGCUAUAUAUAGGAGUCAUUCCAAAUCUGAUGACUGUCUCGAGUACCAUUGUAUCUUUCAACAUUGACAAUUUUAGCUCGACUGAAAUUUUUAUGCACUGCUUUUGAAGAAGAGGAAGUAUAUUGUUGUGUUUAGUGUUAGUCUGUCUGUCUUUUGGUAGACCAUUUGGUUUCUGAUCAAUAACUACAUGUAGUGAAAGCAUGGUCUCACAAUAGUCAGAUUGCCUGUGGUCUAUAAAUGACUGAAAAUGGCAGUCACUCUCUAACUAAAUAACGCCUUGGUCUACAGUUGUCAAACUCCGAAGGAUGAUUGCCUGUGGUCAGCAGAUGACCUCAAAUGUUUUAGGGUUCAGUAGGUCAAAGAUAAAGGACACUAACCUUGAGACUGAGACAGUUUCAGCUUAUUAACUGAAGAACACUUUGUCCAACAGUCAUCUAACAUCAUAGGAUGGUCAGUAGAUGACCUCUAUUCUUUUGAGCUCAGUACAUAAAAGGUCAAGGUCAAAGUGACCCCUAUACUGAAAACUUUCUGUUAAAUACCGGUAACUAAAGAAUGCUCUGGCCUUCAGUUGUCCAACUUCAUAAGAUGAUCACCUCUGGUCAGUAAAUGACCUUUACUGUUUUAGGAGGUUAGGUCAAUGUUCAAGGUCACAGUUACCUUGAGACUAGAAAAUGGUUUCAGCGCUGUAAGUACAGAAUGCUUUCGCCAGCCAAGUGAGUAAAUGUUUUUGACCUUUUGAGGUUUGUAAAAGGUCAAAGCCACAGCAUACGAAAUAACAGUUACUUGCCUUCAACAGGCCAUCAAGUGGGGGUGGGGGAGACAUUUAUGUUUCACAAACAGUUCAUGUUUUAUAUUUAUUUUUAGCUGGACUAUAAGAAGUAUAUGGAGAGCUAUCCUACUCAACCCGGCGUCGGCAUCAGCGUCCUUCCACAUCCCCACCUUGGUUAAAGUUUUUUUUACACUUUCUCUUUUUCCUUCUUAUCUCUGUAAUUACUUGAUGGAUUUGUUUCAAACUUAAAAUAGUUAUUCCUCAUCAUCACCCACAUCAUGUGGCACAAGGGCCACAACUCUCACACCAAUAUUUCAUGAAUUAUCCCCCCUUUUUACUUAGAAUUUCAGGUUAAAGUUUUGAUGCACUUUCACUCUAUCUUAAAUAUUACUAAAUGGACUUGAUUCAAACUUAAAAUAGUUGUUCAACAUCAUCACUCACAUCAUAUGACACAAGAGCCGUAACUCUUGCACCAAUGUUUGAUGAAUCAUCUCCCCUUUUUACUUAGAAUUUCAGGUUAAAGUUUUGGUGCACUUUCACUCUAUCUCAGUUAUUACUAAAUGGAUUUGAUUCCGACUUAAAAUAGUUGUUCAACGUUAUCACCCACAUCAUAUGACACAAGGUGCAUAACUCUGGCACCAAUUUUUCAUGAAUUAUGCCCCCUUUUACUUAGAAUUUAAGGUUAAUUUUGAUGCAUUUUCACUAUAUCUUAGUAAUUACUAAAUGGAUUUGAUUCAAACUUGAAGUAGUUGUUCCAGAUCAUCACCCACAUCAUAUGACACAAGGUGUUUAACUCUUGCACCAAUAUUUUAUGAAUUAUGCCCCCCUUUUUGCUUAGAAUUAUACUUAUUUAGUGUUUUGAUACACUUUAUCUUUAUCUCUCUUAUAACUUAAUAUUUUUGACACAGACUCAAGCUAUUGUGCAAUAUCUUCAUCCACCAUUGGAGUCUUUAAACACUCCAGUGGCAGCUCCAGCUUCUUCAGAUGUGCCCAGUUUCACUAUCCAGCAUCGAAAUAGUCAAGCGCGCUGUCUCUUGUGACAGCUCUUGUUUCUUGACUGGGUGAUUUUUUCAGUUGUUUACAGCUUUCAUACAUAAAUUUUACUAAUUGAAUGCAUUUACAACAUUUAAAAGUCAUUUUUUUAGUCCUCUGCCUGUGGAACACUGGAAGGGACUAUAGGAAUGCCCUCUGUCCGUCUGUCUGUCUGUCGGCAAAUCUGGAUCCUGGGAUAACUCAAAAAGUAUGUAAGCUAGGUUCAUAAAACUUGGUAUGUGUAUAGAAGGUAAUAUGUAGAUUAUACAUGUACAUGACUUAUGCUUGUAGGUAAAAGGUCAAGGUCACUAUUUAAGGUCAAGUAAAAAUUGUUUCUGCUCCAUUACUUUUAUAUGCAUGGAUGGAUUAUCUUAGUGCUACACACAAACGUUCCCCAUGAUGAGACAAUGUGUCAACGCAUGAUCUAUGCUUGUCGGUUCAAGGUCAAGGUCACUGUUAAGGUCAAGUGAAAAUUUGUUUCUGCUCCAUUACUUUUAAUUGCAUUGAAGGAUUUUUAGUACUGUACAGAAAUGUUCCCCAUGAUUAGACUAUGUGUCCCAUGACCCACUGUUGUUGGUCAAAGGUCAAGGUCACUAUUGAAGGUCAAGUAAAACUGUUUUUUCACUGUUAGGGGACUUCUGUAUUGCCACUGCAAUACUGUCACUUGUUUUGAAUAAAAUGCAUUUUCUUUUAUUUACUGAUUUUAGUGAAAGGAACAAAUGUGAUAAUAUGCAGGUAUUUUCAUAAAAAAAUCCAUCUUCCUGUUUGGUGUACCAGUAAUCACCAAUUUGCAAAGGUGGGAGGAGGGGGCGGGGUGUGUGCACAAUCUCUUACUAUCUAUUAAAACACUAUUUUACUUAAUUUAUAAAAGAGCCAUAUUGCUAUAUAUAUAGUUUAUAGUGUCUUGUGAACUCAUAAUACAUUCUAAAUAUAUUGUAUGAGCCGCGCCAUGGGAAAACCAACAUAGUGGCUUUGCGACCAGCAUGAAUCCAGACCAGCCUGCGCAUCCGUGCAGUCUGGUCAGGAUCCAUCCUGUUCGCUUUCAAAGCCUAUUACAAUUAGAGAAACCGUUAGUGAACAGCAUGGAUCCUGAUCAGACUGCACGGAUGCGCAGGCUGGUCUGGAUCCAUGCUGGUCACAAAGCCACUAUGUUGGUUUUCUCAUGGCGCGGCUCAUAUAACAAAUUGCCCAUUUCUUCUUGAAUAUAUUUGACUUCAACUUUUAGACAAAUCUGUUUACAAAUAUUACUGUAUGAAUUUAUAUAUAAACUGAUUAACUUUUGUAAAGAGGGUUCAUUUUACAUGUUUUGGCACAUAUGUGUGAGAGACAUACUGCGUUGUACAUUUAUGUGUUUAUUUUAUAUGUAUAGAAGAGGUAUUAAAAAUGAAAUAAAUACAUAGCACAA